GCGGGGCGGCGGCGGCACCGUACGGAGCGCGCGGACGGAGCUGCGCUGCUGUGACGGCGUUGUUGCUGGGAAACCAUUGCCCACACGGCCAGCCCGUCUUUCAUCGGUCUGAACAGACGGCGGUCGGAAGGUGCCGAAUCCAGGCUGCGUGGUCGGUGUGGAAGCGCGGUCCAACCAGGACUGGCAUGGUCAUUCAGGGAUGAGGAUUUGGUUUGUCAGCGUGUCUGCUUCCAAGGGCUGUAAGCUCAACAUUCAGACAGAGGGCAGGCAUUGCUGUCUCCCACUUCAACCCUGCUUGUCACUGCAGUGUUAAAUACGAAUCCAGUUUUCCAUUUUAACAUCCCCAAGCCAACCCAAAUGCUGUGAGACGUGAACCUGUUUGGUGAGUCCAAGUAUCAUUAUGGUUUGCAGAGUGAAUUUCUGGUUCUGUGAAGAGCAGCGUGCCUCUCAGAGGACAGUGUGUGGUGUAACCUACAGCAAGCAAACGUGAGGCCACCUCAGGUUUCAUUGUAGGUAUGGUUACAGAGAGGAUCUUGAUUUCGGAAGCUGUAGCAGGGACAACCCCAACACAUACGUGCAUCUCAUCAAAAUGGGUUUGCUUUCCAACAACCCUGUUUCAGGUGGAACUGCUGGACCAGUGCUGCUGUUAAUGGCUCUGACACUGAAACGUCUUGGUGAGGGGAAUUUAGGUGUUCUAAAGGCUUUAUGGUGGGUUUAUCUGGCAGCCACAUCCAUUGGAUAUCAGUGAAGUCUCCUGGACUGUAUCCCAAAGUGCUGGGAAGUUGAGUGCAGUAUGAAAAGGUGACAUAAGUGAGUUACUUCAUAAUAACUGAGUUGCUUGAAAGGGUGAAAAAAGGGGUUGAAGGGAAAGGCAGGGACAGCUGGAUCGUCCAGGAUGACUUGCAAAGCUCAGUUUUGUGUUGUGCUGCAGGUAAAACAUAGCAGUGAAUGGAAGAUGCUGACAUCCCUCCCUUGAAACUGUGGCAGGGACAGGUCAUCACUGAUUCUAUCCUCAAGGAAAUAAGUGUUGUUCAGUUUCAGGGUGAAACUCAUCAUGCCAGGCCAAAGGCAGGUCUCAGAAUAACUCUCCUUAGGAGGAAAUCUGCAUUCCACACAGUAAGGUUCAUUACGCUGCCCCUCCUUCCCUGCAUCAGGGCGGCCAGAAGCACAACACAGGGCUGUCUGUACUCUGAUCUCUUGCUGGAUCUGGGGCUGUAUUUGGUGAAGUAACAAGAAAUGCCUUGUUUGAAGGACUGGGGGAGGGUUAUACGCAAUCCCUGACCUGUGUGCUUCCAGGUUCUUAGGAAUCCCUGGAUCAGCUCCCACACGAGGUUUGGAGGAUGAGUGCCAACACUCGCCCAGGCCCACAAGGGGGCCGUCUGGGUCUGUUUGGGUAAAGGAGUCUGAGAAUAGGUGCAGUGGGUUUUAUUCUGUAUCUGAAUCUGGAUUUCUAGAAGAUGCUCGAACUAGCUUGCGUGGCUUGGGAGCCAGGGACGGUUUAUGCUUGGAAUGUAGCAUAGAUUGUACCUAAGCAACGGUGCUUGGUGAAUGGAUUUCUGGAAUGCUCGCUUUUGUUUCUUCGACAUGCUUGUCUAAACACUGUACCCUAGGUAUGUGAUUUAUAGAGUUGUUUAUAACCAUGGUUUCAGGUUCUGUAUCUAUAUAAGGUCUGCUGUGGUUACAAUAAACGAAGCUGUUCACUCAUAUUGAGUUGGUGGGCUUCCCCAGCUUUAUCAGCAGGUUUCCCUGGCCAAGUGGGUUAUUCCCGACAAAUAGGUUUCAAGAUCACAAACACAAAAUCAUCCCUUUAUGUUUGCAGCGCCGCUGCCAGUUGGUAUCAGUACGUGACCUGGGCAUUUUCAAUUGGAUAGAAUUGCAAUCAGGUAUUCAGCUCGAAAAUCUGUGUCUCUUUAGCAGACUUUCCCCAGGCCUCUCUUCCCAGAGAAAAAUAUCCCUGGCUUCACGACCGCAUUCCGUUCGUGUCGUCGCUGUUUGGCAGGAUGCACAUUGCUGAGCAGUUGUCAAGGAUGGAGCACAGCAAGAGGAAACUUCCAUCAGAGGGCUCUGGUGAAUACCUUGGGAGCUCACUGUGAAUUGCAAGCACUGCCACUGCACAGAACAGAACAGUUCCUAAACAGAACGGAUGCAUUUGUUCCACAAAAGCAAGGUCAAAUACCAGCUUUCUGGUUUUGUUCCUCUCUCUCUCUUUUUUUCAUGGUUUAAGAGAAAUAUUAGAGAUUAAAAUGUUGUGUUACUUGUAUACUUAUAUAUGUCGUGUGCUUGAUGAGGGCUGCUCUGAAAGUAAUGCCUCCUCUUUGUGUCGGCCCAUGACAUCAGAGACGGCCGUUGGUGACGUGGCAGUAGAGGCUGAGCCUUCCCACUGAUGUUCCAUCGCCUGUUGUUGCCGUGUGACAGAUGGUAGCAGAGCCCAGGCUGGCAAAAUGGCAUCUGUUGGAGAUGGCCCAAUAAUUUAUCAGGAUGGCAUCUGUGACGAAGCAGGCUUUGUUCACAACUGCAAUGGCGGGCGCCCAAGAGAGCGUGCAGAAACUGUGUUACAUCCUUUAUGCCCUGUUCCCUGGCACUUCUCUUUUCCUCCCCUGGUUCCUGAGUGCCUUGGGUUCACAAAUCUUCCCAGUGCUCAAUUAAACAUACGGAUACUGGCUAAACAGAAGUUGUUGCUGGCCGUCCGUGUAAAUUGCUCAUUAUUUAACUUCUCCUUCAGUUUUCUUUCACUCUGCCCAGCACCAGGAAUUAGUCUUUCAGCAUAAUGAGUCUAUUGAUAUCCUGGUCAAGGAGCUUGGAUUUGUAAAGGCAUUCUCACACUGUUCAGGAGCGGGAUGUCUAACUUUAAUUUAUCUUUAAGUCAGGGCUCAGAGGUGUUGCAGACGGCUGGACAGACAAGAGCUGCGGUCUUUGUACCCAUAAAUUACUCCAUCUACCCACUGAGCCCGUGCCAGUGUGAAAAGUCACCUAAAGGACAAGUGAUGAAGACUAUCAGAGACCCCUGAUGAAGCAAAAAGAGCCCUGGAUAAACUAUUAGUGCUGAUAAAGGAUGCCAGGUAACAGCAGAGACCAUGGAAUAAAAUCUACUCCACGCAGAAAACAUGGUGCCCAGUGGCAUUCCUUGAUGCUUGCUGGGUGUUUAUGGAGAACAAAGCGUGGAUGUGAACGCAGUGAAGCAGUGGCUGCUGCCUCCCACCUGUGGGCACAGCGGGCCACCUCUGCUGGUGCAGAUUUUUAUCAGCGUGGGAUGCAGGCAUCGUUCACUGCUGGGGGAAAAAUGCAUCAUAAUGGUGGUGUUUUGUAGCAGAGAAUUUGCUCUGUUAAAAAGUGUUACUGUGCUCUUUGUAUCUGCUGUGGUUUCCCAGGGAUUAAGAGGCAUUGCUUUUGAAGAACAACGAAUGCACGCCAAGACAUGAAAUGGCCCCGCUCCACACCUCUGCUCAUAAGGAUUCCAGGAUGUUAUGAAAACCCCCACCUCCCUUUUGACUCUUAUCUAAAGCCUCCAAAUCAGUACUUUUCAUUUCCCACCCCACCAGUCCCCAAAGACCCUUUGGGGAUCCUACAGAUGAGAUCUUCCUCUGGUGGCACUUCUAACGCUCCCUGUUGUUGGGUCAGCAGUCAGCUUGAUUGCUCGCUUGUUCUGAGGCUUCUGCUGCCUCCUGAACCACAGGACGAGGCAUUCUUCAUUGUGCAGCCCCCUCCGAAGGCUUUUGUUCAGGCCUGCAGCUGAAGGUCCCUUUACACAAAGCUGCUGCAUUGGCUCAGGCACUGGGCUCCAAUUGCAUUUCCUGCAAAAGCUCUCUGCGUUCCCCCUUGCAUUUGCAUCCCAAGAAUCACAGAAUCACAGAAUCACAGAAUCAGCCGGGUUGGAAGGGACCCCAAGGAUCAUGCAGUUCCAACCCCCUGCCUGGCAGGGCCACCAAACAUCCACAUUCAGAUCAGGUUGCCCAGGACCCCGUCCAACCUGGCCUUGACCACGUCCAAGGACGGGGCAUCCACAACCUCCCUGGGCAGCCCGUUCCAGGGCCUAACCGCUCUCCAUGGAAAGAACUUCCCCCUAACAUCCAACCGAAAUGGGACCCAUAGAGACACGUUGUGACCCAUAGAGACACACUGGGACCUAUAGAGACCCAUAGAGACCCAUUGGGACCCAUAAAGACACAUUGAAAGCCAUAGAGACCCAUUGGGACCCAUAGAGACAUGUUGAGACCCAUAGAGAUGCAUUGGGACCCAUUGGGAGCCAUAGAGACACAUUGUGACCCAUAGAGACACAUUGAGACCCAUUGGGACCCAUAGAGACCCAUUGGGACCCAUAGAGACAUGUUGGGAUCCAUAGAGACAUGUUGGGACCCAUUGGGAGCCAUAGAGACACAUUGGGACCCAUAGAGAUCCAUUGGGACCCAUAGAGAAACAUUGAGACCCAUAGAGACACGUUGGGACCCAUAGAGACACAUUGGGACCCAUAGGGACACAUUGGGACCCAUAGAGACACAUUGAGGCCCACUGGGACCCAUAGAGACACAUUGAGAGCCAUAGAGACACAUUGGGAGCCUUAGAGACACAUUGGGACCCAUAGAGACACUUUGAGACACUUUGAGACACUUUUGGGGCCUCACAAGAGCCGAGCAGAGAGGGACGAUCACCUCCCUGUCCCUGCUGGCCACCCCUCUCCUGAUGGAGCCCAGGAUCCCAUUUGCCUUUCGAGCUGCGCACUGCUGGCUCAUGUUCAGCCUCUCGUCCAUCAGGACCCCCAGGUCCUUCUCUGCCGAGCUGCUCUCAAGGACCACUCCUUGUCCAAGAGACAGAGGAUGCCUGAGUGUGUUGGUUGGACAGCAGCAGAGGGCUGAGCACCAUCACCUGGCUCACUCACAAAAGGGAGCAGGGGGAGAAAGUAGUGUGAUGAAAGACUUUUAGACACAGGCAGCCGUGGGAGGUGUUGGGGGGCAGAGGCUGCUUGAGGCUGCUGGGCAUCGGUCCGUCAGUGGAUGGUGAGCAACAGCAUUGCGUGUAUUGAUGUAUGCAUGCUUCUUUUAUUUCAUUGCAUUUUUGCUUCUGUUUUCUGUCCUGUUUUGGUCAGCAGGUAUUAUUUCAACACACAAGUUCUGUUUUGCUUCCAGUUCUCUUCCUCAUCCCGCUGUAGGGGCAGCAAUCCAAGGGCGGUGUGGUGCUGAGCUGCUGCUGGGUUCACCGGCCACAGCUGGGAAGGGCUGGGAUGGAUGAGGGCUGCUGCAUUCCCUCACAACUGGCCUGCUGUUCCUCUUGUCCCCACAGGCUGCCUGCCUUUCACCUGUGUUCAUCCUAGCCUGCAGGAGAGCAGCAAAUGGCCACAGCACAUCCAUCCCAGGCCACGGGAGGUUGCAGCAAGGAGCCUCUUUGCUUGCAGGAGCCCGUGAGCUUUGCAGAGGUGGCCGUGUAUUUCAGCAGGGAGGAGUGGGCGCUGCUGGAGCCUGCGCAGCGAGCGCUGUACUGGGAUGUGAUGCUGGAGACCUAUGAGUGCGUGGCCUCGCUGGGUGAGGGCUUUGCUGCCAUUCCUACUUGUCCAGGCACCUUAGGCUGUACAGCAUCCAAACCUGUGGUGAUCUCCCUGCUUGAAGGAGGGGAAGAUCCCCGGAUGCCAGAUGUACACAGCCUGAAGGACAUGGCAGGAGACGCGCGCCCAGCAGGUGAUGGGAUCACAAAGUUAAAGGAGAAUCUGCAGGAGAGUGGCGUACCUGGAAGUGCGUGGGGUGAUCUCUGUGUUGGAAAAGCCAGAAGGGAAUCCCAAGGAGGCCUGGAGCAGGGGAAGCACUUGAGGAAGCCUCUGGGAAAAUAUGCAGGAAAGAGAGUGAGGGAAAGCCUGGACUGCGGCAAAGGUCAAAAGCAGCCAAAAGAGCUGAGCAGCAAGGAAGUCUUGCAGGAGAAUGGGCAGAACGCAUGCAGUGGGGCUGGGAAAGGCUUUAAGGGUCGUUCCUACCUCGCUGUUCGUCAGCGCAUCCACAUGGGAGACAAACCCUUCAAGUGUCACAGGUGUGACAAGAGCUUCAAGAGCAGUUCUCAGCUCGAUUACCAUGAGCGCACCCACUCAGAAGACAGACCCUACAAGUGCCCUGAGUGUGGCAAGGCCUUCAGAAGCAGUUCCAACCUCCUGAUCCAUGAGCGCAUCCACACUGGAGAGAGGCCGUUCAAAUGCUCCGAAUGCCCAAAGGGCUUCAAAAGAAGAUCCCACCUUGUGAUCCAUCAGCGCGUUCACACAGGGGAGAGACCCUACAGGUGCACAGAGUGUGGCAAGGGCUACAAAACCAGCUCUCACCUCAUGACCCAUCAGCGCAUCCAUACGGGAGACAGACCCUACAGAUGCUCCAUCUGUGGAAAGGGCUACAAAAGCAGUUUUGAGUUCAAAUGCCACCAGCGUAUCCACACAGGAGAAAGGCCUUAUAAGUGUUCUGAGUGUGCAAAAGACUACAAAACUAGUUACCAACUCAUGAUCCACCAGCGUGUCCACACCGGAGAAAGGCCUUACCAAUGCCCUGAGUGUGCAAAGGGCUUCAAAAGCAAGUCUCAACUCAUGGUCCACCAACGCAUCCACACAGGGGAAAAACGCUACAAGUGCCCCGAGUGUGCAAAAGCCUUCAGAAGCAGUUCCCAGGUCGUGAUUCACCAGCGUACCCACAGUGCACAGAAAGCCUACAGAUGCUGUGAGCGUGAGGAGAGCGAUUCGGAGCUCAGCUCCCAGCAGCGCAUCCCCACGGGAGGCAAACUCUGUAUAUGUGAUGAGUGUGGGAAGGGCUACAAGAGGAGCUGCACGCUGCUCUCCCACCUGCACAUCCCCACAGGAGACAAGCACUACAAGUGUCCUGAGUGUGAAAAAGACCAUGCUUGACACUUUUCAUUUGUAUCCCCAUUCUCAGCGAUGUCCUUCAGCCCUUAAAGAAGAAUCUCCUUUUGACAGUGAACACAUUCAGCAUGCAGUCCUGAGGAGAGGGACAGGCAGAGGCCAGCGAUGCCUCGUGUGCAGCACUGUUGCUCUGACAGCAUUUUGUAUCAGAAGGGUCCCCUGGAGAACCAUCGUUUGCCCUGAGCAGGAACAACUUGACACUGAGAUCGGGUUGAUCCGCAGUUCCUCCUGACCCAGCACUGACACCCGGUCGUGGUGAUGGUUUUCCCCUUAAAACAACUGGGAAUUUCCCUCUGUGCCCUUUCAGUUUCUGGUCCUCCCUUUUGUCUUGUCCUCCCCUCUCUGCACCCAUGUGGCCACACGUCCUCUGAGCAAGAGCAAUUGUUCUUGAUCUGGCUGCAAUGGAGUUCAUAGGACGCCUGCCAGGCUCAGCACUCAGCCUGCCCAGGGGGCUGUGGGAGAAGCGUGUGGGUAAGGAGCCCCCCAGGCUGGGUGGGAGCCUUCUGCAGCCAAAGGCUGCUGCACGGAGUAGGGAAUUCUCUGCUACACAGGACCCCGGUGUAUUUUUGGUGGGGCUUUGCACCAUGAGAGUCGUAUGCAGGGGUUACCUGCUUCAAGUCUGCCUUUCCUGAGUCUCUCCUUUCUGUUUUCUUUGCCUCAGAAGGAGUGAAAAUAGAAGAAAAUUCCAAGAAAAUACUGAGAAUCCGAAGCCUUACGCUCCCCCAGCGAGUUCCUUUCUGCCCCUCUGCCAAUCGAAAGCACUAUUAUUGCAUAUCCAGUGUCACCAGGGCCUGUGCCACAUGGCCCUCAGCACCUGCCCACAUUGAAACAGCCUUGGGCAGCGCCCUGCUGCCAAGAGGGGUCUGCAAGGCAGAGCUGAGUCUGCAGCAGCUGUGAGUCUACAGCAGGGAGGGCUUGUGGGGACGGAGAUGGAGACAGGGACAUCAUCAGGGCGAGGGAGCUACCCCUGGAAAUGCCAUGGGGCUGGGGAUAUGGGCACCUCCGUGCCAUAACUGCAGUGCAUAUCUUUCCCCCAUAGCAACCCUGUGGUCUGCUGUCCAUCUUCAGCACAGAUCUCCGUCAGCAUCUUUGGAAUCUUACAACGUGCCUUUGAAUUCAUCAGCAUUCAGCUGCAGUUCAGACACUGAUAGUGCAGAUCCCGUCACGCAGAUACGUCAAUGGAGGAAAAGCAUCCUAUGUGGGUUUGGGCUCUGUUAAAUGUUGUGUUUGGGAUGAGGAGUCGGCUGAUUCAUGCCAGGACAGCACAUUUUCAGGGCACUGGACGCUCUCCCUGGUGUGCUGUACCAUGCUGCAGGCCGCCCUGCACAAGGACACAGCUCUGCUGUGAAAGCUCUGCAAUGUAGCAUCCUGAUGGAGAAGACGUCUGAGUGCUGAUGAGAUGGAAAUGCUGCUGGAUUGCUGGAUGUGGGCAACUGCAGUGACACUUCUGUACAUCUGGCAAGAAAAGGGGCGCUGAGAUCUUCUUCAGACUUGCAGACACACAAGAGUUGCAGCUCCUGCACUUCCAGCUCUUCCUGGGCGUCUGCCUGCCUGCCCUCCUGGACUACAGCCUCUUCAUCACAGCCGUGGCCUGUGAGCACCGCCUGGACGCCUCCUCAUCCUGGGCUGCAUCUCCUCCACUACCAACCUCACCAACCUUACCAACCUCAUCUCCUGCUACGACUGGGUGAGCAGACUGGUAGAUGAGGGAAAGGCAGUUGAUGUAGUCUACCUGCACUUCAGCAAAGCCUUUGACAUGGUCUCUCACAGUAUCUUUCUGUGGAAACUGGCUGCCCGUGGCUUGCACAGUUUUACCCUCCGUUGGAUAAGGAACUGGCUGGAGGGCCGUGCUCAAUGGUGGUGGUCAAUGGAGUGGGGUCCCAGCGUGUCUCUAUGGGUCCCAACGUGUCUCUAUGGGUCCCAACGUGUCUCUAUGGGUCUCAAUGUGUCUCUAUGGGUCCCAACGUGUCUCUAUGGGUCUCAAUGUGUCUCUAUGGGUCCCAACGUGUCUCUAUGGGUCCCAGCGUGUCUCUAUGGCUCUCAAUGUGUCUCUAUGUGUCUUAACGUGUCUCUAUGGGUCCCAGCGUGUCUCUAUGGCUCUCAAUGUGUCUCUAUGUGUCUUAACGUGUCUCUAUGGGUCCCAACGUGUCUCUGUGGGUCCCAACGUGUCUCUAUGGGUCCCAGCGUGUCUCUAUGGCUCCCAAUGUGUCUCUAUGGGUCCCAACAUGUCUCUAUGGGUCCCAACAUGUCUCUAUGGGUCCCAACGUGUCCCUAUGGUCCCACUGCUCACUGCUGCCCAUGGAGGUGGUGGAGUCUCCUUCUCUGUUGAUGUUCCAGACCUGCCUGGAUGCUGAGCUGUGCGACUGCUGUAGGAACGGCUUUGGCAGGGGGUUGGACUCCAUGAUCUCUGCAGCUCCCUUCCAACCCCUACAAUUCUGUGAUGCUGUGGGUCCCCCCUCUGUUCCAACCCCCUUUAGAGUACAGUGCUGCAGGUGGCAACUUCACAAGGGCAGGGGGACGGGGGAUGCCCCCAACCUCACCCCGCUGCCACCCCAACGCUGUUGCGGCCCAGGCUACGCUCAGCCCCCUGUGCUGUCAGCACGCGCUGCCGGCUCGCAUCGAGCUGGAGUGAAGUCCAGCUGGAGACCUGUGACAAGUGGUGCCCCCAGGGGUCGGUGCUGGGGCCCAUCCUGUUUAAUAUCUUCAUUGACGACUUGGAUGAAGGGAUUGAAUGUACCCUGAGUGAGUUUGCAGAUGACACCAAGUUGGGAGGUGGUGUCGAUCUGCCUGAGGGCAGGGAGGCCCUGCAGAGGGAUCUAGAUAAGCUGGAUCGCUGGGCUGAGGUGAAUGGGGUGAGGUUUAACAAGGCCAAGUGUCGGGUUCUGCACUUUGGCCACAACAACCCCAUGCAGCCCCAUUACAACCCCAUUACAGGCUUGGGGACGAGUGGGAUGAUAUUAGGAGAAACUUCUUCUCUCAAAGAUCCCUAUGGGUUCUGUGGGGUCUCUAUGGGUGCCAAUGGGUCCCAAUAAGGUCUAUGGGGUCACAAUGGGUCUCUAUGGGUUCCUAUGGGUCCCAAUGGGGUCUACGGGGUCUCAAUGGGUCUCUAUGGGUUCCUAUGGGUCCCAAUGGGGUCUAUGGGGUCUCUAUGGGUCUCGAUGGGUUCCUAUGUGUCCCAAUGGGGCCUGUGGGGUCUCAAUGGGUCCCUGUGCGUCUCUAUGGGGUCUGUGGUGUAUCUAUGGGUUCCUAUGGGGUCCCAACGGGGUCUGUAGGGUCUCCAUGGGUUCCAAUGGGUCCCAGUCGGGUCUAUGGGUCUCAAUGGGUCUCUAUGGGUUCCAAUGCAUCCCAGUGGGGUCUGUGGGGUCUCAAUGGGUCCCUGUGGGUCUCUAUGGGGUCCCAAUGGGUCCCAUUUGGUUCCUAUGGGUCCCUAUGUGGUCUAUGGGUCUCUAUGGGUUCCUGUGGGUCUCUAUGGCUCCCUAUGCGUCCCAAUGGGGUCUAUGGGGUCUCAAUGGGUCUCUAUGGGUUCCUGUGGAUCCCUGAAGGCUUCCAUUGUGAGCAUCAGGAGGGGUGGAUGGAGAUCAGUGGGGAAAUGGAGAAAUAAUGUGGCCAGCAGGAGCAGGGAGGUGAGCAUCCCCUGUACUCAGCUCUGUGAGGCCGCACCUCGAGUGCUGGGUUCAGUUUUGGGCCCCUCACUACAAGAAAGACAUUGAGGCCCUGGAGCGUGCAGAGAAGGGCAACGAAAUGGUGAGGGGUUUGGAGCACAAAUAUGAGGAGCGGCUGAGGGAGCUGGGAUUGUUCAGUCUGGAGAAGAGGAGGCUCAGGGGAGACCUCACUGCACUCUACAACUUCCUGAAGGGAGGCUGUGGUACAAAAAGGUCUGGGCUCUUCUCCCAGGCCAACAGUAGGAGCCGAGGAAAUGGCCACAAGUUGUAGCAGAGGAGGUUGAGGUUGGAUAUUAGGAGAAACUUCUUCUCUCAAAGAUCCCUAUGGGUUCUGUGGGGUCUCUAUGGGUUCCAAUAGGUCCCUAUGGGUUCUGUGGGGUCUCUAUGGGUUCCAAUGGGCCCCAAUAAGGUCUAUGGGGUCACAAUGGGUCUCUAUGGGUUCCUAUGGGUCCCAAUGGGGUCUAUGGGGUUUCUAUAGGUUUUUAUGGGGUCUAUGGGUCGCUAUGGAUUCGAAUGAGUCCCAAUGGGCUCUAUGGGGUCUCAAUGGGUUCCAAUGGGUCCCAAUGGGGUCUAUGGGGUCUCAAUGGGUUCCAAUGGGUGCCAAUGGGGUCUAUGGGAUCUCAAUGGGUCUCUAUGGGUUCCUGUGGGUCCCAAUGGGGUCUACGGGCUCUAUGGCGUCUCUGUGGGUUCUGUGGGGUCUCUAUGGGUUCCAGUAGGUCCCUAUGGGUUCUGUGGGGUCUCUAUGGGUUCCAAUGGGUCCCAAUAAGGUCUAUGGGGUCACAAUGGGUCUCUAUGGGUUCCUAUGGGUCCCAAUGGGGUCUACGGGGUCUCAAUGGGUCUCUAUGGGUUCCUAUGGGUCCCAAUGGGGUCUGUGGGGUCUCUAUGGGUCCCUGUGGGUCUCUAUGGGGUCUGUGGUGUCUGUAUGGGUUCCUAUGGGUCCCAAUGGGGUCUAUGGGGUCUAUGGGGUCUCUAUGGGUUCUGUGGGGUCUCUAUGGGUUCCAAUAGGUCCCUAUGGGUUCUGUGGGGUCUCUAUGGGUUCCAAUGGGUCCCAAUAAGGUCUAUGGGGUCACAAUGGGUCUCUAUGGGUUCCUAUGGGUCCCAAUGGGGUCUACGGGGUCUCAAUGGGUCUCUAUGGGUUCCUAUGGGUCCCAAUGGGGUCUGUGGGGUCUCUAUGGGUCCCUGUGGGUCUCUAUGGGGUCUGUGGUGUCUGUAUGGGUUCCUAUGGGUCCCAAUGGGGUCUAUGGGGUCUAUGGGGUCUCUAUGGGUUCUGUGGGGUCUCUAUGGGUUCCAAUAGGUCCCUAUGGGUUCUGUGGGGUCUCUAUGGGUUCCAAUGGGUCCCAAUAAGGUCUAUGGGGUCACAAUGGGUCUCUAUGGGUUCCUAUGGGUCCCAAUGGGGUCUAUGGGGUUUCUAUAGGUUUUUAUGGGGUCUAUGGGUCGCUAUGGAUUCGAAUGAGUCCCAAUGGGCUCUAUGGGGUCUCAAUGGGUUCCAAUGGGUCCCAAUGGGGUCUAUGGGGUCUCAAUGGGUUCCAAUGGGUCCCAAUGGGGUCUAUGGGAUCUCAAUGGGUCUCUAUGGGUUCCUGUGGGUCCCAAUGGGGUCUACGGGCUCUAUGGGGUCUCUAUGGGUUCUGUGGGGUCUCUAUGGGUUCCAGUAGGUCCCUAUGGGUUCUGUGGGGUCUCUAUGGGUUCCAAUGGGUCCCAAUAAGGUCUAUGGGGUCACAAUGGGUCUCUAUGGGUUCCUAUGGGUCCCAAUGGGGUCUACGGGGUCUCAAUGGGUCUCUAUGGGUUCCUAUGGGUCCCAAUGGGGUCUGUGGGGUCUCUAUGGGUCCCUGUGGGUCUCUAUGGGGUCUGUGGUGUCUGUAUGGGUUCCUAUGGGUCCCAAUGGGGUCUAUGGGGUCUAUGGGGUCUCUAUGGGUUCUGUGGGGUCUCUAUGGGUUCCAAUAGGUCCCUAUGGGUUCUGUGGGGUCUCUAUGGGUCUCAAUGGGUCCCAAUAAGGUCUAUGGGGUCACAAUGGGUCUCUAUGGGUUCCUAUGGGUCCCAAUGGGGUCUAUGGGGUUUCUAUAGGUUUUUAUGGGGUCUAUGGGUCGCUAUGGAUUCGAAUGAGUCCCAAUGGGCUCUAUGGGGUCUCAAUGGGUUCCAAUGAGUCCCAAUGGGCUCUAUGGGGUCUCAAUGGGUUCCAAUGGGUCCCAAUGGGGUCUAUGGGAUCUCAAUGGGUCUCUAUGGGUUCCUGUGGGUCCCAAUGGGGUCUACGGGGUCUCAAUGGGUCUCUAUGGGUUCCUAUGGGUCCCAAUGGGUUCUGUGGGGUCUCUAUGGGUUCCAAUGGGUCUCUAUGGGGUCUCUAUGGUUUCUAUGGGUCCCAAUGGGGUCUAUGGGGUCUCACUGGGUCCCUGUAGGUCUCUAUGGGGUCUGUGGGAUCUCUAUGGAUUCCAAUGGGUCCCAAUAUGGAUAUUAGGAGAAACUUCUUCUCUCAGAGGGCGGUCAGGCACUGGAAUGGCUGCAGUGGUGGAGGUGGUGGAGUCGCCGUCCCUGGUAGUGUUCAAGAGGCGCCUGGAUGAGGAGCAACGAGAGAUGGUUUGGUGCUUGUGGUACUAAUAGGAAUGGGAGGGGGGUUGGACUGGAUGAUCUUGCAGGUCAUUUCCAACCUUGUGAUUCUGUGAUUCACUUGCCCUGAAGCCAUGGCCAAUGCUCUCUCGGGCACCAGGAACAUUUCUGGUGCUUCUGAUGCAGGAUGUGUUGCCCAGGUCUUUCUCAUUUUCUCCUUGCUGACAGCACAGCGCUCCCUUCUCACUGUCAUAUGAACGCUGUGGCCAUCUACAAGCCUCCACACUGCGGGACUUUCCUGAGCAGCAGAGCUGGUGGCAAUAAGCACAACCUCCUGCCUUAGGGGAGCUUGGGCUGUUACGACUGGUGUCUGUGUAGCAUUUGUGUGCUCUCUUCUUAUUCUUUUCUCCCCUAUGCAGAUCUUCUGGGAUGUGCUGGAGAUGUUCUGAAUGUGGAUGACACAAAGCCUCCCUCGCCUGGCCGUGGUUCAUCGGCGCUGCUGUGUUUGCCUGCAUUGAGCCCUCCUCCAUCUCCAUCUCUGUACCUGGUGCUGGUAGUUCUGUGCUCGGUGGUGCCUCUGACAAUGAAGCCCCUCAUAGACAGCAUGAGGAAACAGGAGCUCACAGGUGCUCUUCAGAAUGUGAUUUUACAGAUGUUCCUUAAUAGAGAUAAAUUUACCCUCUCCCUCCACAAAUGAUUUUGUGCUUAUCCCCUGGCAGACCUCAUCCUUAUUUCAUCCCUCUAUUACAUUAGUUACUGCCUAUCUUUAUUGCCAUUACAUCAGUUACUGCCUAUCUUUAUUGCCAUUGGCAUAUACUGUGUUAUUAGAGAAAUGUUUGCAUUCAUUCUGCUUCUACUGAGGAAGCUUCUACUCUGCUGACUCCUGAAGCUCUGACAAACUCUGGGUCGGUGCUCUCAUCUGCUUUAUUAAAUGGGAUCCCCCCAAUGUGCUGCCUGAAGACUUGGCUCUCCUUUACAGAGCUGGGACCAAGAGCAGGGCUGAGCUGCUGCACCACAGGAAGUUUGUUGCUCCACGGAUUUGGAAGAGAAGAAACUCAUCACAGUACUGUGUGCUGUGAGACGCUGAAGGUAGGAUUUAGGAGUAAUCUGGUGCUGUCCAGUAAUAGCAGAGAUGGUGAAUGGUCACUAAGGUCCAUCCUCGUGGCAGUCCCACGUGUGGCAGGGCAGAGGAUAUCCUCCAGGGAAGGAAUAUGGAGUUGUCUGGAGCUUCUCCAUGGGUAUUGUCUGCCAAGUGACUGGAAGCCCACAAAGUGAGAGAUGAGUCCAGGUGGUUUCACUCCUAUUAAGGUAUCCACAGGGCAAGAAGGACUCCCGUUCCUUUGGGAUUCAUAGAGUGGAGAGAGUUUACUGGCAUUCCCAGGGAAGGAGACCUCCAGCUGCAGUCAGAAAUAUGCCUGGAAACUUGCAUUAGAUUCCCUACACUUGUCAAUGACCGUCCAACCCUGUGAAGGAGAUUCGUAUCUGUGGUUGCAAUCCAGUUGGGCAUCCUUCUCAUGCUGUGCAGCACAGCUGGCGUGGAGUAACCUCGUGAUCACAGAGUGUUGAUUUCAUUUAGCUGAACGUGAGCUUGGACUGUGCAGGAAGGCAAGAUUUCAGUGGGUCUAUCUUGGAUCUUCAGUGUUCUCACAGUCAAGAAACUUAGGCGCCUGUCUGACAUGAAGGGACUCCAGCAUGGCCUGGCAGGAGGUCGUCAUGGAUGAACAAGGACCCCUGAAUGAGGAUUUCAAACAGCAGAGCGUGCAGGAGGGGAACAGUCUGCCCUGGAAACAGAUGGAGGCUUGGCCUGUUGGUGCAGGAAUGGAGCCACUAAUGCCAACUAAUGCUGAGCUGCCAUGGAUGGAAUUAUCCAGAGAUGGGCAGGGCAGCCAGAAGGACUUGUUGGAAUAUUUUGUCAGCACCAGGAGGACAACAAAGGGGAAAAAAAGAAAGUCCCAAUACAAAGACAGUAGAAAUACAGAAACUCCUCAGAUGAGUUUCCCCUUGAGAGUGCUGGUGGGAAAGGUGCUUUGUUAAGUGACUGGAGUACAUUUACCUAUAGCUGUAUGUACCUGCAUAUAUGGAUGUACGCUGCUGUGGAAAGGUAAAGGUGUGAUGAUAUAGGGGAAAACUUGGCUAUCCAGAAAUGGAGCAUUUCAUGGAAGCUUUUCUCUCUGAUUUUCUUCCUUAGGAUGUCAGUAUCUCAUAGUGUGAUUCUCUGUGCCAACAGGGCUACGUUUUGGGGCCAGUUCUCUUUAAUGUUUUUAUCAGUGGUGUGGAUGAGGGUAAUGAGUGCGCUCUCAUUAAGUUUGCAGACAAUACCAAGUUAGGUGGACCUACUGACCUGCCUAAAGGUAAGGAAGGCAGAGGGAUCUGGAUAGGUUGCAUCAGUUGGCCAAGUGCAAUCAGCAAGAGAUAAGUGCUGCUUGGUGCACUUGGACAAAAACAACCCCAUGAGGUUGUAAGGGCUUGGGGAAGAGUGGCUGGAAAGGGGCCUGGCAGGACGGGACCUGGGGGCCCAACAGUCAAUAUGAACAACUUCCUGGCCUGCAUCGGAAAUUCACAUAUAGGAGUCGCCAGGGAAAGGUUGUUAGAGGUUGUUUAAUAUGGAGAAAAAGGAGCUGAGAGGAGAUCUCACUGUUCUGCACAACUGCCUGAAGGAAGAUUAUAUCAAGGAGGGUGCCCACCUCUUUUCUCAGGUAACAAGUUGUAGGUAACAGGUAACUGGAGCCUAGAGAAGUGGCACUGGGUGCCUGUGGUGGGACAAGGGCGCUCUGCCUACACUGAGAUUAUGAGCACCACUGCAAUAACAAAAUGCUAUUAAUGAGAUUUGCCAUAUCGAGAGUUCUUCAAAGUGUGAAUCAAUAGCAAAUUCAUCUUCCUGUUCCAUUCCGUGCUUUAAGUGCUCUGUGACAGCUUCAUCAGUGACGUGGAUGAUGGAAUCGAGAGCACUGCCAGCAUGUUUGCUGGUGACGCCAAGCUGAGUGGUGUGGUUGGAAGGGCUGCCAUUCAGAGGGGCUUCAGCAGACGUUGAAAGGUGGGCCUGGGUGAAUCUAAUGAGGUUAAACACAGCAAAGUGUGAGGUUUUGCACUUGGGCUGGAGGAAUCCCAGGCACAGACUGGGAGGAGCAUCCUUGAGAGCAGCCCUGCAGAGGAGGACCUGGGGGUCCUGGUGGGUGGAAAACGGAACAGGAGCCAGCAGUGUGCUCUUACAGCUCAGAAAGCAAAUGGCAACCUGGGCUCCAUCAGCAGAGGGGUGGCAGCAGGGACAGGAGGGGAUUGUCCCUCUCUGCUCUGCCCUCUGAGGCCCCAUGUGCAGCACUGCGUCCAGGUGUGGGGCCUCCAGUGCAAGAAAGACAGGGAGCUGUUGGAGAGGGGCCAGAGGAGCCCCAGAGAUGAGCAGAGGGCUGCAGCACGUCCUGCAAAGACAGGCUGAGGGAGCUGGGCUUGUUGAUCUUCCCCUGUACUUGCAUUGCCCUGUGUUUCGCUGUGUAUUUAAUCUUGCUGAUCCUUCAUGUAUUUCUACAUGGCCUUACUAAACAGACAAUGUGUAAGACUGUCUACCCAGCAGUUGCUUUGGCUUUUCGUGUCAGGAUCCCCUGUUGUACUCAGUGCUGAAUCUGUGAGCCUCAUUUCAUGCCUUGGCGUGCAUUCGUUGUUCUUCAAAAGCAAUGCCUCUUAAUCCCUGGGAAACUACAACAGACACAAAGAGCACAGUAACACUUUUUAACAGAGCAAAUUCUCUGCCACAAAACACCACCAUUACGAUGCAUUUUUCCCCCAGCAGCGAACGAUGCCUGCAUCCCACGCUGAUAAAAAUCUGCACCAGCAGAGGUGGCCCGCUGUGCCCACAGCUGGGAGGCAGCAGCCACUGCUUCACUGCGUUCACAUCCACGCUUUGUUCUCCAUAAACACCCAGCAAGCAUCAAGGAAUGCCACUGGGCACCAUUUGUUCUGCGUGGAGUAGAUUUUAUUCCAUGGUCUCUGCUGUUACCUGGCAUCCUUUAUCAGCACUAAUAGUUUAUCCAGGGCUCUUUUUACUUCAUCAGGGGUCUCUGAUAGUCUUCAUCACUUGUCCUUUAGGUGACUUUUCACACUGGCACGGGCUCAGUGGGUAGAUGGAGUAAUUUAUGGGUACAAAGACCGCAGCUCUUGUC